CCAAAUUCCCAAAUCACAGGGAAUUGAAAUUGAUCGAAAAAAUAGAAAAAAAGUGAUCGAAAUUGAAAAACAAUUGAACGAAACUGAAAAAAUUGAAGCGCAGCACAGUAAGGUCUCUCAGGCCACCGCAAAUGCCGUCCAUUCAGUCCUACAACGACUUCGUCAAAUCCCACGGCGUACUAUUAGUGGCCUCCGGAUUACCGCCUAAACUCCACCCCCUGCUCUUCCAGAAGCUCGCGGAGGAGACGUUCGACGGCGGCCAACACUUCCAGAUAGAGCCUGUGGAGGAUGGAAAGCAAAGGCGCCUGCUCUUCACUUCUGAUUUCAUGGCUAAGGAGUCUAAUCUCUUUCUCGUUGACCACGCCUGGACAUUUCGCCUUGCUGAUGCCUAUAAGCAGUUACAGGAAGUUCCUGGGCUUGCAGAACGGAUGGCUGCAUUAAUGUGUUUGGAUACGGAUUUCUCAGACACAUCUGAGGGAGGUGACAUAGGUGGAAUUGGAGGCGAAGAUGAUACUAAAUUGAGUGCAGAGGAGAUAGUGGCAAGAGAAGUCAUUAAGGCCACGAAAGGAGGUGAUGCUGCAAGGUGGUUGGAGCUUGACGAGCUUGCCAUUGAUGAUGCUAUGCUUUCUUCUCUUGACUUGCCUCAUAAAUUUCCUGAUUUGAUUGCACUAAGCUUGUGUGAUAACAAUCUCAAGAAUAUUGAUGUUCUUGUAAAUGAGAUCACCCAUCUCAAAAAUCUCAGAGCUCUAUGGCUGAACAAUAAUCCAAUUCUGGAGAAUGAUGGUGGUUGUCUGAUAGAAGCCAUUCUUCAUGGUUGCCCUAAAUUGGAAAUUUACAGUUCUCACUUCACACCACAUUUUGGUGAGUGGGCAUUAGGUUUUUGUGGAGAAAUAUACAAUAAAAACAAUCCAUGUUGUACAUACCAAGGUGAUCGCCCAUUGCUGUCUUUGGAAUCUCUAGACCUAUCUAAUAGAUCCAUUAACAACAUAUUCAGUGAGGCAUUUUGUCCCACCGAGCUUCCAUCUCUCACACAUUUGAACAUUCGUGGAAAUCCAUUGGACCAAAACACCGCAAGUGAUUUAUUGGAACUCCUUAACCAAUUCAGCUGUUUGCAUUCUUUGGAGGUGGAUAUACCCGGACCUCUAGGAGAAAAUGCUGUUAGAAUUGUUGAAGCACUGCCAAAUCUAACUGUCCUCAAUGGUGUUAACACAUCCAAAAUCUGUGAGUCAGGAAGGUCUGUGCUUGAUUCAAUGUUGCGGCCACGCCUUCCUGCAUGGACGGCUGGAGAACCUAUUAUUGAUCGCAUCAUAAAUGCAAUGUGGUUAUAUUUAAUGACUUAUAGACUUGCAGACGAAGAAAAAAUCGAUGAAACCUCAGUAUGGUAUGUAAUGGAUGAAUUGGGUUCAUCUUUACGACAUAGUGAUGAACCAAAUUUUAGAGUGUCUCCAUUCCUCUACAUGCCGGAUGGUGAACUGGGAUCCGCCAUGAGCUAUUCAAUUCUAUGGCCAAUCAAUGAUAUUCAAAGACAUGAUGAGUGCACUCGUGAUUUUCUACUUGGAAUUGGAGAAAAUCAACAACGUUCGGCUAGACUUACUGCUUGGUUCCAUACGCCACGUAAUUAUUUUAUUAAAGAAUAUGAGAGGUACAGGGACAUGUUGCAAGCAACCAAAUUUACAUCAUCGCCACAAGCAUCAUCUGUUACAAGUUCUUUGUACAUAACUGAUGGAAGUGCUUUGCGAGUUUAUACCGAUAUACCUCAAGUGGAGGAAUUCUUGAACCGUCCUGAAUUUGUACUCACAUCUGAGGCAAAGGAUGCAGAUAUUAUAUGGACAUGUAUGCAGGUAGAUGAGGAGAUGAAGAAGGCUGCUGGACUCAAUGACCAACAGUACAUAAAUCAAUUUCCCUUUGAGGCUUGUCUGGUUAUGAAACAUCAUUUGGCUGAAACAGUUAAAAAGGCUCAUGGAUUGCCUGAAUGGCUUCAGCCCACGUACAACCUUGAAUCACAACUCAAUCAAAUGAUAGGUGAUUAUUAUGCCCGGCAAAGAGAUGGAGUGGAUAAUCUAUGGAUCUUGAAGCCGUGGAACAUGGCAAGAACUAUUGACACAACCAUAACUGGCAAUUUAUCUACUAUUAUCCGUUUAAUGGAGACUGGCCCAAAAGUAUGCCAGAAGUAUAUUGAGCACCCUGCUUUGUUCAAGGGGAGGAAGUUUGAUCUUCGUUACAUCAUCUUGGUCCGCAGCAUAAGCCCAUUGGAUAUUUUUCUGGCAGAUGUAUUCUGGGUUAGAUUAGCAAACAAUAUUUACUCUUUGGACAAGCAUAGCUUCGACGAAUAUGAAACUCAUUUCACUGUUAUGAAUUAUCGAGGAAGACUGGAGCAGAAGAAUAUAUCAGACUUCGUGAAUGAGUUUGAGGAAGAGCACAAAGUUAAAUGGAUGGAUAUCCAUUUGAGAGUUAGGAGUAUGAUUAAAUCUGUGUUUGAGUCUGCUGCAUCAGUGCAUCCGAAGAUGCAUCACCCUAAAUCUCGUGCAAUGUACGGUGUUGAUGUAAUGCUUGAUUGCCACUUUCAGCCUAAACUACUUGAGGUUACCUACUGUCCCGACUGCACCAGAGCUUGCAAGUAUGACACAGAAGCUGUGAUUAAAGGAGGAGAAACUGUCAAAGGACGCGAUUUCUACAACUACGUGUUUGGCUGUCUUUUUUUAAACGAAACUAACCAUGUAUUGCUGUUGUAGACGUAGACAAGUCUACCAAACGUUUUGUGCUUUAUAGGCUUGAUCUAGUUCACAAUUAUGCCAAAUGAGUGUUUUGCUAUGUUCUUGCACUAGUAUUCAUGCACCCUAAAGUUUGAGUGAGUAAUAUACUUUGUGAUGACUU